UUAACAGCAAAACUUGAACAGCACUUUGUCUUGAAACCGCUACACGGUUAAGUUGUCGCAUUACAAAAUGAAUUGCGGUUGUAUUGCCCCAACGUACGGUCCAUCUCUGGCUAACACUUGCGGAGGCGGUUCGUUCGUGGUGUUCAUGACAUUGGUGAAUAGUUUUAUCACAAAUCAGUGCGACAUAUCCGAAGUGUGCCAAAGAGUUAUACCGCGAAGUCAGCCAGAAUGUGAGUACGACUUCGUGGUAAUUGGGGGUGGAAGUGCUGGAGCUGUGGUAGCCAGCAGGCUCUCUGAAAUACCCGAAUGGAAGGUUUUGCUAGUCGAAGCAGGUGGAGAUGAACCCCCGGGUGCUCAGGUACCAGCGAUGGUAGUGAACUUCCAGGAUACUCCAAUAGACUGGGCUUAUCAGACUGAAUCAGAACCAGUAGCCUGUUUAGGUUAUCCUGAUGAAAAAUGUUCCUGGCCGAGAGGCAAAGUUCUAGGAGGUACAAGUGUGCUGAAUGGAAUGAUGUACAUGAGAGGUCAACCAAAAGACUACGACAACUGGAAAGAAGCUGGUAAUGAAGGGUGGGGUUACAACGAUGUCUUUCCUUAUUUUUUGAAGUCGGAGGAUAAUCUUGAAAUUGGUACGCUCAUUGAUCGGCGAUAUCAUGCUAGAGGAGGCUAUAUGACAGUUAGCAGGUUUCCAAAUCAACCGGAAAUUGCAAACGACAUACUAGCUGCAGCAUGGGAGCUAGGUUAUCCAAUCAGUAACGACCUCACUGGGGAACAGUACAGCGGAUUUGCCAUUGCUCAAGCAUGCGUGAG